UAUCUUGUUUAGCGGUGUCACAUAUCUGAAGACUGGAUGUGUGCAUGGAAAAAAAAACGUGAGGGUGGUGUUGAUGCGCACACUGAAGAGACAGACACGUAUCAGACACAUAACGCGCACACAGAGGAGACGGGGUCAUCGGUGGAUGGGAAGGAGAAGACAGUCCCUCUCCAUGUCACAGCUGCUCGACUGUCGCCUCAGGGUGGCGCGUGUUUCUCUCUCUCUCAGUGCUGGUGUCUGUAGUCCCACAAUGGACUGGGGGAGAUCGGUGCCAGACAGGCGAGGAUAGAAGAGAGAGACAUCGGGUCGAAUCAAUGAAGCGCUCUUGUCCUGUGCGUCUCUGCACUGGUGUUCGACAGCCAGCAGCGCACGGCCGGAGACGUUGUUCCUUCUGUGUAUAAGCCUGGCGCUGUGGAGCUACUUCUUCCACACCGACGAGGUGAAAACCAUCGUCAAGUCCAGCCGAGAUGCCGUGAAGAUGGUGAAGGGGAAGGUGGCGGAGAUGAUGCAGAAUGACCGGCUGGGAGGCCUCAGUAUCCUGGACGCAGAGUUUUCCAAGACAUGGGAGUUCAAGAACAACAACGUAGCCGUGUACUCCAUCCAGGGCCGGAGGGAUCACAUGGAGGACCGCUUCGAGGUGCUCACCGACAUCACCAACAAGAGUCACCCGUCUAUUUUCGGGAUAUUUGACGGUCACGGCGGAGAGCCCAGACUUCAUGUACUCAAGCAACGGAAAUACAUGGCUGCCGCUGACUAUGUAAAGGCCCACCUCCCAGAGUCAUUGAAGCAGCAGCUACAGGCCUUUGAGCGGGACAAGAGAGAAAACUCUCACUACGCUAACGUGCUCGAACACCAGAUCCUGACGGUGGAUCGUGAGAUGAUUGACAAGCUGUCCGCCAACCACGAUGAAGCAGGAACGACCUGUCUUGUAGCACUGCUCUCAGACAGAGAGCUCACGGUGGCAAACGUUGGAGACUCUCGUGGCGUGCUAUGUGACAAGGAUGGAAACGCAGUGGCACUGUCACAUGAUCAUAAACCAUAUCAGCUCAAAGAACGCAAAAGGAUCAAGAGAGCAGGAGGUUUCAUCAGUUUCAAUGGCUCUUGGAGGGUACAGGGAAUCCUGGCCAUGUCCCGCUCCCUGGGCGACUACCCACUGAAAAACCUAAACGUUGUCAUACCCGACCCUGAUAUCAUGACCUUUGACUUGGACAAACUGCAGCCAGAAUUCAUGAUCCUGGCAUCUGAUGGCCUGUGGGACGCCUUCAGCAACGAGGAGGCCGUGCGAUUUGUCCGUGAGCGUCUAGAUGAGCCUCACUUUGGAGCCAAGAGCAUUGUCCUACAGUCCUUCUACCGAGGCUGCCCAGACAAUAUUACUGUAAUGGUGGUGAAAUUUAAAAGUGGAGCCGGGGGAAGUGGUAAAUGAGGAGAGUGGGAGGUUUUUAGAGCCGGCGUGGUGUUGAAGGUUUUCUCUAAGUCUCCUUAUCUAAUGACGAUGGAGCAUGUACUGCAUUGAAUGAAGACUUAGUGGAUAUGAAGUAUUGACAAUGAAAACUGCACUGGUGACAGAUGUAGGAACAUACGAUCACAUACCAUAUAUCAUAUUUGUUUUUGGGGUCAUGAGUUAGUUAAGGGCAUGUACUUAUUUCCGACGUAGAACCAAUAACCAUCUGUUGAUGAAUACAUCCAGACACAGAUGUCGUCCAACCGUAUCAGAUACCAAACGGGCUGCUCUUAACCAGCACACUUAAGACUGUGAUUGAUCUCCUACUGUUUACUGUACAUGCACAUGAAUGGUACGGCUCCACAGAAGGCCUCUUCAAAAGAAGCUUCAACCAGUGCCUAUAAAUGGAUCCUAUUAUUAGGACGACACUGAGUCUGACCACGACAUCGUUCUAAUGUGUGGGAUGAAUCUUAUUGUUGAAGAGUUUGUCACAAUCAGAAAAAUAGACUCAAGCAAAGGCUUGUGUUUUAACAUUUGGUUCAUUAAUGUCAUUCAAAACUAAGCCCUUCGAAUUAGCAUCCUCAUCCUUUUGGCAGACUUAGUCAGAGUUUUGUUUUAUUAUUAUUCCAGCUGGAAAUAAAAAAUGGGAAGACCAGAUAUAGAGCUGAAUGGUGACUGUGGUUGACCAGCUGCUGCCCCGGUGGAAUCUGACCCAGUUUGACAGCUGACUAGAACCACUGACUGUAUAAAAGCUGGACAAAGUCUCAAGGCCACAGAACAAACUAACAGGAUAAAAGUGUGCUUGGAAGAAAAGUUACUGGGAAAGUUACUUCACUCUCAUUUACUUUAUUACAUCAACAAACUCUGAUUUUCCUGAUAAGAUUAAGACGGCAUUCGCUAGUUUCACCACUGGCUAAAAAGACCAUAGAGAAAACAAACUGUCAGGCAAUUACAGUUGCUAUUCACACUGUUAUUUUAUUAAUUCACUAUACUUCAUGUAACUUACAUUACCUAUGUCAUUUCCUAUUGAAAAAAAAAUAGCCCACGUUUACCUCAGACCUCCAUUUUUAUGAUAUUAUGUCCAAAAACAUUUGCAUUUUUCCUGCCUGCUUUCAGGACUAUGUCUAGAUAAACAUUUAUUAUUUAGGAUCAACAACUCUUAAAGUAAGUAGAUUAUGAUCAUGUGGGUCAGACCAUGUACAUUUUACAUGGUGAAUCAGGUUAUUGAUACAUUUAAAAAAAGACAGGGGUAAUGAUGUUUCAUUGUUUUAACGCAUGAUAAGAAAACAAAAAGGAGAGAAAAAGUAGAAACUGCGCCUGUUUUUAAGCAAUCUUAGUUUGAACCAAAUGACUGUUGGUGCUUCAAAAAAAAAAAAAAAAAAAAAAAAAAGAAUGAUCCA